AUGGCUUAUCAGUUUCCAAAAUGCAUUCUUGAAGAAGGAGCUGAGACUCAGAUUGAUAAGAUUAACAACACCUGUAGACGUACGAUUCUUGAAACGGUGAAGGGUGUUCUCAAGGAUGAGUAUGAAGAAGUAUUGAAAGACCCGGUCUUCGGUCCGAUUCUUGCAAUCGUAGAAAAUAAGUUCAUUUACUCCGGGAAGAUUAUUCACAGCUUCAUAUGCAAGCAGCUCAAGGUUUCCAAGCUCCACGAGUUGUGGUUUCUGUUCGCAAAGCGGCCUCUCAGGUUUUCUAUGCAAGAAUUUCAUGCCGUGACUGGUUUGAAGUUCAAAGAUGAACCGGAGAUAGACUUCAUUAACUGGAAGGAUGAUAAGGGGUUCUGGAGCCUCGUGCUGAAGCAAAAUAGAAAGAUUAACUUAUUCAGUGUAAGGGAUGAGCUUCUGAAAGAGUGUAAGGAGUGGACUUAUGUGGACAGGGUGAGGCUAGUAUAUCUGUGUAUUAUACAUGGAUUCAUCAUGGCUAAGGAUUGGAAAGUGUCUAUCCCUCAAGAAUACAUCCGUUUGGUGAUGGAUUUUGAGAAGUUGAGGAUGUAUCCUUGGGGUCUUCGCGCGUAUGAUGAGCUGCUUGCAUCAAUAUUCAGAGCAAGGAAAGAUUUGCAUCUGAAGAACAGUUACGUGUUGGAUGGAUUCUCAUAUGCGUUUCAGAUAUGGAUUAUGGAGGCAGUCCCAGACAUUGGUACUAAGGGAGAGCUGUUUCCCUUUAUAUCUAAUACUGGGAACAAUGAUGUGGUUGAUGAUGCUGCGUUCAUUAGGGAAGAUGAGAAAAAGGAUGAAAGAGUUGGCCGUAUUGUUGCUCUGAUGAAUGCCAAACAAGACUGGAACCAAUUCGCUUGGGAAGUUGAGGCUUUGCGUCGAAAUGUGGAGCUUUCUGAUUCAGAGGAACCGACUGUUGUUGCAGAGGAACCAAUUGUUGUUACGAAAAGGGGCAAGCGCAAGCUUAUUGAUCCAGGUGUCGAGUCUCGAAAGAAACAACUGCUUUGUCAACGGGCGGCUGAGCAUAACAGUGGUGUCUCCGGUGAUCUGAAGACCUUCAUUGAAGCUUUGUUCACCUCUUCUUUCAACUCUUUAAAGGAGCUGGUGCAAAAGGACAUUCAAGAGCGUUUUGACAAGGUCCAUAAUGAGAUGGCUCAACUCAAGGAAACGAUGUCUCAAGUUACGGGUCCUUCACAUACAGAGGGAAAAACCAGAGCAUCUGAGAUUUCGGGUCCUUCACAAUCAGAGGGGAAAGACCAAGACAAAUCAUCACAGAGUCCGGGUCCUUCAGCAGCAAAGGGAAAAGCCAAUGGCAAGGCAGCUGAGAGUUUGCCUCCUCCUGCGGUUCAUCGUAGCCCUAGGCCAGUAAGAGAGUUUGACACGGCUGAUGUUCAAAAUUCUGAAGACGACAUGAUGGAUUUUUUGAAGAAUUUGUCACAAUCAUCAAACAUCAAAGUAGAAAUGGAGACCCAAGAGUACUUACAAGAUGCCAUGGGAAACCUUUCUCAAUCAUCAUAUGUUAAAGGUUUCGAUCCAUCACAAAAACUCAAUGGCGAAGAACCAGCUGAAUGCGUUACUCCACUGACUUCAUUUAAGCUUGCGGAUUGGAGACCACCUACUCUCAAAGAUAUCGACUUACAUGAGGAUCGGGUGAACGAUAGCGAUUACUCACUAGUGUUUGUCCCUGAGGAUUCAUGGGCCAAACUGAUUAAGUGGUCCUCAACUUCCAUGCAACUGAAAAUUGGACCUUCUAUGUUCACAAGUGAGUUAGCAGCACGUGUCAUGGGACCUACAGAGUGGCUAUUGAAUAAUGAAAUUGAUGCUAUGAUGUACUUAUUCACUGAGAGGACUUUCUUGCGACGAUGGGAACCAACUAAAGUAGCAUUCAUGACCUGCAUGUUCAGUAAUCAAAUGAAGAACUCUUUCGAAGAGUUUCGGAAGGACAAGAAGAAAUUCAAAGUAUCAGAACUGCUUCACCAGUACGGCAUUGGUGAACUUCCAGCACACGGACGAACAAGACUAAUGUGGGAUCUUGACGUUACACGCAUGUAUGUGCCUCUAAAUGUUGGUAAACACUGGAUCUCUAUGUGUGUCAACUUUGUUUCUCGUUCAAUAGAGGUCUUUGACUGUGAGGGAUUGAAAUACAACAAGGAAGUGGAGCCAUUUGCCAUUCUCAUCCCUAGAAUUGUCAAAGCUGUUCAGUCUUCAAAGAAUCGGCAGCAAGUGAAGGUCAAGCAAUAUACUGUCAGUUACGCCCCAAUGCCCUACUUACUAAACAAGAGUAGCAGUGAUUGUGGAGUAUAUGCCUUGAAGCACAUUGAAUGUCAUCUUCUAGGCUUGGACUUCUCCUUGGUGAAUCACAACAACAUUCGAGAAGCGCGCCAAAAGAUUGCUUACGACCUAUGGGAAGCCGCCAAUGAUCCUGUGCUUAUUUCGAGAAUGGCACAAUACACUCCUCCAAAGACGAUUACAAAUCCUCUUGUGGAACUUUAA